AUGUCAGAUCAUGAGAAGCCUCAUGAAGACUACAUCGAGACCCAAAGCUCAAGCCUUAACUUGCCAGAGGCCGAAAAAAGCCCAACCCUGGACACAGUGCACAAUGACGAGGCAAUCAAAGUCCUAGCAAAUUAUACAGGGGAUGAGACUUGGACUGAAGAAGAAGAGAGAAAAUUACUCCGGAAAGUUGAUUGGAGGUUGAUGCCAAUUCUUUGCGUCACCUAUGGUCUACAGUACUAUGACAAGGCCAUGUAUUCUCAGGCUGCUCUCUUCGGUAUUGAAUCAGACCUGGAAUUGAGCAUUGGCAAUCGCUACUCCUUUGCAGCUGCCAUUUUAUACCUGGGUUUCAUCAUCGGGACCUAUCCUGCAGUGACACUAGCCCAACGAUUCCCUAUUGAGCGCGUCGCGUCGAUAAUAAUCACGCUUUGGGGAACAUGCCUGAUCUUGACUCCUGUUUGCUUCAAUUACAGGGCACUUUAUGCACAAAGAUUCUUCCUCGGUGUGUUGGAAAGUGGUAUUAGUCCAAUGUUCAUGCUCAUCGUGGGAGGCUGGUACAAAAAGAAUGAACAAGCCAUGCGCAUGGGAAUCUGGUACAGCUGCACAGGCUACGUCUCCAUCGUCUCCCCAUUAAUCAACUACGGUCUGGGCCACAUAACCGGCUCCCUCACCCCAUGGAAAUACAUGUACUUCGUCGCCGGCGCAGUAACCAUAAUAUGGGGGAUAAUCCUCGUAUUCCUCCUACCCUCCGAUCCAAUCAGCGCUCGCGGUUUCAGUGAGAGACAAAGAUAUAUUGCCGUCGCACGCCUUCGAGUCAAUAACUCCGGCGUACGAAACACACAUUUCAAAAAGGGACAAGUACUUGAACUAAUCAAGGAUCUCAAAUUCUGGCUGAUUUUCCUAAUUGCCUUCUUGAGCAUGAUUGCCAAUGGCCCUAUCUCAACUUUCACACCUAUUAUUAUCGACUCUUUUGGAUUUAGCACCUUGAAUUCUUUGCUAUUGGUCAUUCCGGCUGGGUUCUUGGGUGGUUCUUAUAUGCUUAUUGGCUCUUAUCUGGCAUACAGGUUCUCGGAUAAGGGUGUUAGGUCUUGGAUUGUGUUUACUGCGCAAAUGAUUACGACUAUCGCUGCUAUUUUGCUCGUGUCGCUGCCUAUCGAAGCAACGGGUGGUUUGCUGUUCGCAUGUUAUAUUCUUCCGGCUAUCGGUGGUGGUUAUGCCGUGCUUAUGGGUCUACAAAUUGCGAAUAUUGCUGGGUACACUAAGCGCUCAAUUGCUUCAUCGGGCCUUUAUGUUGGGUACUGCCUUGGAAACUUCACUGGUCCUCUUGUGUACAAAACGAAGGAUGCGCCUCGAUAUGUUCCGGGCUUUAUUACUGUUGUUGUGACGUCGUUUGCUGCCGGUGUGAUUGUUCUCAUUUACAGGUUUAUUUGCGUAUGGGAGAAUCGGCGUCGAGAUGAUUCAGGAACAUCUGAGGGAUAUGAAAAUGCAUAUCAGGAUGACUUGACGGAUAAAACGAAUCCACAAUUCAGAUACAUUCUGUAG